AUGCAGGGUCAAGUAGCCACGUGGAUCCAUCACACUCAACACUCACACCAAGCGGAGCACAGGCAGGGCCAGCCCGGGGGCGCCAAAGUGGAGGCUCUCUGGGGUGGGGGACCUCUGGCUGGGCAAGAUUCUCUACCUAAAACUCAUAUAGAAGAUCUAUGGCAGCAGUUACAGAAAACACACGCUAAGAAAGAGCCCAAGAUAAAAACAGCACACCAAGUUUGGCCAACCGGCUCUCACAAGCCAGUAGGUAAGAAAGCCCAGGAGAGCCCACCAGAGGAGCUGGGGGUGGGUUCCUGCCUGCAGGGGGUCUGGGACACCCCAUUCCCACAGACGAGGACCCAUGUUUUGGGGAGGAAGCUGUCAGAGUCACCAGUGAGCUGUUCAGAGCUGGAGCCACAGAGCAGGAGGAGGGGGCACCCAGAAGGGGCCCUGAAGUCAAGGGCAUCGUCCAACCUUUCUACCUCCCCAGCUGAAGACAUGCUGGAGGACAAUUCUCCAGAGUUUCAUAACAAAGAAGAGAAAAAAGAAAUCAAAAAGACCUGGAGGAUAGGAUUCAGGGCAGACUCUCUGAAGACCUUGUGGGAAACAGCAGAGUCCAGCAGAGAAGAUGAGAAAAGCCCAGCUGUAAAGAUGAAAAAAUGGCAG